CAGAGUCGAUUGUACGUUUCCGACCAUCUCAUGAGCAUGUGUUUAUGAAUCAUUAUUAAACAGUGACCAUACCAGGGCCUCGCGAAGAAGUCAACCUAUUCUUCCCUUCCGUUGGCACCCGUCAAAAGUAGAUGCAAAGUCAAGUCAAGUGUUCACCCGAAAAAAACGGGAACAAAUGGUACAAGUCAAAGUAAGGAACUGCAUCGGACAUCAUUUUUGUCAUUUUGGACAUGUCCCCCACAAAUCUACCAUGAAAGCUUUUGAUAGCUUUAUUGAGGCCGUGAAUGUUGUAACUUUGAUCAAAAAGCUUUUGAGUCGUAUGAAGUCGUAGAAAGAGCAUGCUCAUUAUACCUCAGGGGCUUUGAAAUGUAGACGCAAGGGGCUGAUGCUGCAGGAAAAUUGCUCGACCAUCGGAAGUUAACCAUCGGAAAGUCGAAGUCAUCCCUCCUGCCUGAGAGUAAAUGUUCUAAUUACGUCGGUGAACGGGAGACAAAGUCACCUUUCACGACGCAAGUCACUGUCAAAAGGUUGCGUCCCUUAACCGUGCCAGGAUCCGAUGAGCAUUGGGUCGAAUACCAUAUUCGCCGGAAUAAUGAUGGAGAUUAAUAGGAGUCUCCUGAUUGCAAAUCUUUCUGUAUGGCCAGUGAUCGUGGCCGCAGUGCUGAUAAUCCUCAUCUAUGGUUGUUUAAGAAUGGUAUGUCGAUCCUGUUUUAAAAAGCCUGCACGAAAUUACAUGGUGCAACUCAAGGAUUACGGAACAGCAUGUAGGGAUCAAGAUGGUCUUGAACACUCAAUACACAAUGACGAUGAUGAAGUUGGAGACAGGCUGAUGUUGGACAAGGAUGACCAAGUGCGGGGUGAUAUUAACAACCGUGACGGUGUGAAAGACAAGAAUAGGUUACUAUUACGCGAGGCUAGAUAUUCGCGUGAAGAUGAAAGUCAGAUUGAUGUUAUGAAGAGCAAAGAACAACAGACAGAGAUAGAUGAGGAGAUCACACAGCAUGUUACUGAAUUGGUAACUACCACAACGAACUUACUAGAAAACCCUAUGUACUCCAAACCUGAUUCAACCGGCGAUGGAUGUGAUCGCGAAAGGAUAGAUGCAAGUGAAGACAUGCCAAAACGCCCGAUCCCUGUUCCUAGAAUGAAAAGCAGUUCCUCAAGCGAACAACAAACAGUAGAGGGCACCAACGCGUCCACAGAAACAACGUUAUUGUCAGGAACACCAAAUGGAUUUGAUGACAGUCUUGAGGGUGAUGUAUUUCCGUCGCUACAUGGUAUUGCUAUUAAUUCCUUGUCAGCAUCUAUUGUCAACGAUACGAGCCCUACUUUGGGGCCGCCACCUCUCCCAGCUACACAACCAAGGCUGACACGAAUAGGCAGGAGGCUUCCAGAGAAUGCCUCACAAAUGCAAAAGGCAAGGAUAGAAGAACUACAGGCGGUCAUUGGAAAAGACCAAAUGAAGAGGGACGCGGUUACCACAAAACCAACACCACCGUUUGCUGUACCACUGGUGUCAUCAGAGAAGUGUCCUAUGGAACGUGAAUGUCAGACUAUAGCAAUCCGCAAGUCCUUCAAGAAUAGUAGACCUACUGCGCCUCCCCCGUCUGUACCAAGACUCACAGACAAGGAUGACUUUGAGAUUGCAAAAAGCAACUUAUCGGGUGCGGAGGUUGGAGGUGCAAUCUCGCUCGAAGAAACUACGGUUGCAUAUGAUGAAAUAUGCGAUGACCGAUUAGAUGAAGCUGACACUAUAAUGAAUCAUUAUUAUGAUUCCAUAAUAGAGGACCACCUUUAUGACUGUAUAGAUGAUAUGCCACGAUCUAGACGUAGUCGUCAUGGAUCAAAACCUAACCAACAAAACGUUGCGUUCAGAACUGAAGGACUUGAUGAUAAUGACUUUGUUAAUCCUUUCUAUGAGAGGGGAAUCGAAAUGUCAUUUGAAAAAAAGAUUAAGGAUGCACAGGCAAACCUAUAUGCUUCAUUUAUAGAAGAAGAUGAGCCUGGUCCCGGAAAUACAAUCUCACUGUGUGAGCAGGGAACACCCAUCUCAUAUGGCAUGGGAAUGGCUCCUCAUGAACGUAUCGGCUCACAGCAUGAGGUGCCUUGGAAAGCUGAGCCGUUGCGAUUUUCUGGUUACCUGACAGCUAUUGAAUCCCAUCCCUACAACGUUUCGGGAUACAAGAGACAGACAUCCUUCAAAGGAUCAGCUGAAAUUCUACCUGAUGAUGAAUCAGCCAUUGUGAAACCUGAUGACACACCACUGAAUGAGCAAGCUGUCCAGUACGUUAACGAAGGUAUGACUGUAGCUGACACACAUAGAAAGCCACCAGUACCUGUCAAAGGAAAGGAAAUCAAAGCAGAAAAUGAACACUACCAGGAACCAUUACUUGACACAUCAACAGCAAGAACGCAAUCAGUGAAACCCCCCGUACCUCCCAAACCAAAGCCCGACAAGAGGUAUUCAUAAAAACCAAGCUUGGUGUAUGUCAUUGUUUCGAUGCAUAAAGCACAAUUCUGGAAUUUUGUUGGUCUUCAUCGUGACUUUGACCUUGGCUUUGACUUUUGAUGGUCGCAAACGGGAGGACAAGACAGGCUAUCACGAAACUGUCAUUAGUUAAAUUUCAUAGUUAUGUUCUCGCUUGUUUGCUGUAUUGACGGGGGUCUGUAAAUAUUCGAAUCUGGACCAAACAAUCCAGUUAUUGACUCUCAAACUAUCAAUUCUAAUCCGGAUAUUCACGGACAGUUACGUUCUUGAGGUUUCUUCAGAAUGUGAAAGAAUAAUAUAUGAAUACGGAUGAAGCACUGAAUCAGUAAAGUUGUCUUGGUAUGUUUACCAGUCUAACUGGGACACUAUGCAUGGUGUUGAUAAAACAUGUUACGAAAGUUUUAAUGGCUUUUGUGUUACAAAUAUAGGUGGAUUUAUUUACAUCUUAAAGAAUGAUAAAUAUAAAUUUCAUGAUAUUAUAUAUUACAGGAACUUUCAACAUAUAUGCUCAUUUCACUUGCAAAAAAACAUUUUUAGAAAAAAAAUAAAACCAUAUGCAAUGACAUGAUGAUAUUUCUUC